AUGGCCUCUGGCAUGACUGUCUCUGAUGGUGGGAUCAGGGCAUUCAAUGACAUGAAGGUAUUUAAGUCCUCAGUGCCAGGGGAAGCAAAAUGCAAGGAGACAAAGCUCUUCUGCCUGAGAGGGGACAAGAGAAACAGUAUCCUGCAGGAGGGCAAGGGGAUCCUGGUAGGUGAUGGGGCACAUGUAGGGACCACCACCUUUGUCAAGAUGCUGCCAGACAAGGGCUGCUGCAAUCCUCUCUGUGAUGUGAUACAAGCUAGGAGAGCAAGGAGAAAGGGAGCCUGGCGUUCAACUUCUGGACCCCCCCGAGAGAGGGCCCUUAAGAGCAAUGGCAUCUAUGCCAGUCCCACAGAGGCCAUCAGGAAGAAGAUGACAGAUCAAGAAUGA